AUGAACAAACUGAGCUUCUCACUCGGCAAGAAGAAGCGAGAAGCCCAAAAGACCUCAACAGAGACAAGCGAACAACCGUCGACAGUUCCAGAUGAACACCAACCGGACACAGAUACAGGUUUCUUCGAUGACCCUCAAAAUAUAGGGCCUAACACCAGCGGGGUCACUGAAUACGAAACGUCUACUGAAGUCCUCCAAGAGGGUGCCUGCUCCUCACUUGAAAUCCCCGAAGAGACAUUAAUCCAGACAUCACAAAGGGAAAAAUUUAAAUUAUAUAAUGACCCGGUUGAAUCUAAGAUCAAGAAGGAUUCUACUCCCCAGGAGAUCCCCUAUGCAAUAAGCGAUUCUGAUAGGGUCACUGGUGAUGGCAAGAAGUAUCGAGAUGGAACCAAGACUGAUAGGUAUGUCUUUGGUUUAGAUGAAGAUACAAGAGAUUCCGAAGUCCGCCAAGCUUACAAUCACAACGCGAAAGAUGCUGCAUAUUGUCUUCCAGGGGAACAUGAAACCCUUGUAAGUGAAGUCCCUCAGAUCUUUCUACGCGAUCGUUAUGACGAUGAUGGCAUUGUAGAAACUUCUGAUUUUCUUCCAAGCGUAAAAGAAGUCCAUUAUCCGAUUGAAAGGGCUGAAAAGGAAUACGUUGAAAUGCCAGCGCCUACCUUUAAAGAAUUCCGCGAGAGGGAUAAAAAUCUCACCUUCGACGUCAACCCACCGCAGCUUAUUCACUACAGCCCCGAAGAUCCACGAAUCAUUCGAUCUCAUUUUAAGUCAGACCCCGAAAGUGAUAUCAAAUCUGCCGACUACUUGUAUGCAAAAUCCGACAGGAUGUCACAAAUCCCAGUGCAGGAUUCGGGUAACUACAUCGGAGGGUUAUAUUUUAACCCUAGAUUAAAAGAAGAGGCGUUCAGCGUUUGUAACCCACGUGAGAAAGGUCCCCUCCAAUCCGAGCGGGAUCUUGCCGACCGUCUUUAUAAGAAAAGCAAUAAAAAAAGGAGCAUAGGUUUUAUAGAUGAAAGUUAUCCUUAUCGGCCAAAUGACAAGGACAUCACUCUAAAAUACGAUGAUGGUCUUGAAAAAGAUCAAAUAAAACCAGACACUAUAGAAAUGCAAAAAGAUAAUGGCGGUUUUGACAAUUACGCUGAAGCGUCAUAUUAUACUUAUAGGUCAAGUGGGGAUAACGGUAAUCUUAAUAUCCAAUAUAAACAAGGUUCACCUAUGUACGAUCAACAUCAAAGAUAUAUCUCUGAUGGUAAGACAUUUUAUCCUGAUUGUCAAAUAGAUGUUGAUUCCUGUCGUCGAGAGUAUUAUAGUAACACUGCAUCUGAUAGCCAUCUUAAAGGCGGGAAGUUGGACAAGCAGCGCCGUGAAGAAGCUUUCGAUAAACAGGGAUCCGAUCCCGAUGAGAUAUCCCGAGAUGACUUCAUAGAAAAGAUUGUAGUUACAAAGAAAACGAAAGAACAUUCCAGACCAAUUUUUAUCGACCCCAAAAGACCCAACCCUCUUAAGAAUUCCCAGAACCCUCCUGUUAAUAGCAAUAUCAAAUCCGAAGAUAAAGAUAACAGUUACUUGUUUAAUAAAGACAACCGCUCAAAGCACGACACGAGCGUAAAUCCAGCCUAUAAAACUCGUAAUCUGAAAACCUUCAAAAACAGAGCCUUAGUCAAAAGCAAUGAUGACACUUUCGGGCGACAUUUAAGUCUAUUCGGCCGCUGGAUGGUAACCCACGGACAUUUAGUUGAUCCGUAUGAUUUCUGUCUCUGGUCCUACGCCAGCCGUCCAGAGGAAUAUAUUGAUUUGUCUAAAUACCAAAUGGAUUUACGAGGACGCUGGCUGGAUGCAAGCGGUUGUUCAGUCACACCGUUUUUUUAUUGUUACAGUUAUGAUGGCGAACCCAUUUAUCUUGGAGACUGCGACUGUUAUGACGUUUUUAAAAACAGCUACGACGCAACCACUAAUGAUAGUGAAAAUUUUGCAAACAACCCCGAGAGAUUUAUUGAUCUAUCAGAUUUCCAAAUGGAUAUGGAGGAACGCUGGAGAGAUUGCGAUGGAAGAUAUGUCGACCCGUUCUCCGAAUGGUACGCCAUUGGCUCCCCGGAAAACGAGAUUUCUGAAUACGACUGGUUUUUCAACAAACCUGAGACCCUCGCUCUAUCUCGCUACCCUGGAACGAUGUAUGACUAUUUCGAAGAUUAUUUCGAUAUUAAUCCAUUUUUGCCAAAAUCUAACGUUAUGAUCACAGAUAUACCUGAUCUCGAAGAUUAUCUUUUCAGCGAAAAUUAUAUAUUCUGGGAUUAUCCUACAAGAUACCCAUCGAAUAUUCCAGGUCUGUUCGAAGACCCAUCGAAUAUGACAGGUCUGUGGCCGGAUACUGAACACAUCCGUAACGUAUCGAAGGGUAUAAAAGCAGUUGGUGAUGGAGACCGAUCGGAUACAUAUGACCGCAUGAAAUAUAGAUCCAAAAAGAAAACAAAAUAA